AUGCAUGUCAUGAGUGAGAUUCUCAAAACUCUCGGUGGCAAUACUGGUGAUGACGAUGAGAUUGAGCUGGCCACAAGCGGACUUGAGAUUCCUAUGGAUGGGGGCACUUUGAUUGGGCCAUUGUUGUCCCGCAUCCGGGCCCUAAUUGUUCGUAUCCGAAAGUCACCUGGCGCAAAACUUUAUUUGAGAGAAUGUUGUGCCAAGGUAUCCAUUAAACCACUGGAACUCAUGAUGUAUGGGAACACACGCUGGGGAUCAUGGUUGAUCCUUUUGAACCGAUUUAUUGAAUUGUGGCCAGCUAUUAUGCAUUUCAUUGAACAUGCUGACCGCAAAGACUCUGUACCAAAGGCAAAGGGUCGUACACCUAAAUACAGUGCAUGGAGAUGCGCUCAAGGUUGUGGGUCAUACCCAACAAUCAUUCUCUGGGACUUCGAAGGCUUCAAGUGCUCCAUACUUACUCUCAGUCUAUGA